AUGUCCGAUAAUUAUGCAGCAACAGGAGUGGCAGAGAUUAAUUACGCACUUGGCCAUCCGGAACGAAUGGAUGGAGUCCUUACGCUCUCUCUGAGUGCGUUCGGAGAGGAUCGAGGUACAUGGCAUGUUGAGGUUGAAGAGAUGGUCGCCAACUCCAUAGAUAACGCGCCUGGUAUUGACAAAGAUUAUGGUACGUGCUGGAGGUAA